UGGUCACUGAAUAUAUAUAUAUAUCUAUAAGUGAAGGUCUGAGCCAAGUUCAGGUCUUAGUUCCCAUUUGAAGGCAGAAGCACCAUGCUGUCUGUUGCACUGAUUUACCUCAUAGCUGUGAUUUGCUCUGCAGCACGGACGUGUGCUUUACCAUUAUACUCAGAGCCCAACUUAGAACCGCAGGCAGAUUUCAUAAAGAACCUUGUAUCCGAAGUAGAGAAUGGAGGGAAUGAUUCUGAUGGUGAGCAGAGAGAGGUCAAUCUUUAUCCCCUAAUGAUGCAGCAUAGUGGAGGAAGAGAUUACAUAAAUAAAGGGGCUAAAGAUCCAUCAAAAGAAGAUAAGUUUGCCAACAUGGUCGAGGACUUCAGAGAAAUGGUUUUGAAGCUGGCAGCGGCUGACAGGCUUCGUUCUCAAGGAUUCAUCAGAUCAGAGCAAAACUUGCCAAAGACAAAUAAAAGAGCGUGUUUUUGGAAAUACUGUGUGACCAAAUAGAGUGCAGGAGCAGAAGCACGGGCAUGAACUGGACGUGGCUUUUUUGGGGGAAAUGCCUUCACUCACAGCUGCCACCUUUGUUUCCCCAAACACUAAAUUAAAGAACUAUGACAGAAAAUAUAUUUUUAAAGUUGUAAAAUUUUCUCUCUUUUUUUUUUGGUUGCCGUUGUAAAUAAACAUGAAUAACAGAAGUGGUGAUUUCUUUGAUAUAACUUGAUGUUCACACAAACGUCUGCAUGUUGAUUUGGCACAAGUUUUAUGCUGGAUACCCUUCCUGACACAACUCCACGUUACAUGGAGAAAUGUGGCAGGGGCGGGGUUUGAACCAGGAACCUUCACAUAGACAACAUAAUACAUUUCAUAUUUGCACAAAAAAGAUACAGGUGUGACAUCCUUAGCAUUAAAAAUAUAUUGAAAGUAGCAGCUAACACCAACAUAAUGAUUUUGUUUUGUGUUGUACACAGUGAAAGAUUGUAAAAUAUUUACACUAUAAAUAUAAAAAUCUUAAUAAUUUCAACUGUAAUUGCACAUUAGGCCUUAAGGUGGCAUAAAAGCAUCCUUGUCUUUAUCUGACUAUGGAGCAGAUAGCCAGUAAAACAUAUUAUUAUGUUUUGGGGAUUUUAAAGUAGCUGUCAAUUUGUUCUUAUAGGAUUUGGCAUCCCCUGAUCCCCUAGAUAAAAGUUAUUCAUCAAACAUCUUAACUCUAAGAAGAGCUCCAAAUGUGAAAAACUGUUAGGAGUCGUGAGGAGGACUUUUAAAAGCUCUAGGAGUUUUUUCAGCAGAGGAGAAAGUGCAAUAAACAACGGAUAACAGUCAGUUAAUGAAGCUCUGCAAGUUACAUCAUGCAGGGAUCAUGUUUGUGUCCAAUCUCAUUAAAGAUGCACUUACAUCUCUAAGACAGUGCAAAAAUGCCAUGACGCCAGACAUGAAAGUAAUCACUACAUUAAGAUUAACAUUUUGCCAACUGGA